AUGUCAGAAGCAACAGUAAUAAGAUCAGCAGAUCAAUUACCCAUAGUUCCUGAAACACAAAUUAUUGAACCAAUUGUUCAAUGUGGUGUUUUGUAUUUGGGUUCAGCACCACCAAGUCCUGGUCAUCGUGGUCUUGAUUCAAUUCAAGAACCAUUUUCACAUCGAUAUCCUGUCGAUGGAACAAAUGUAGCUCAAGGUAUUGAUGCUGUCCUUUCGAUUUAUGAUAAUGGUAUUCAAUUGACCUUGGCUCGUCAACCUCAUACAGUAAUAUUUUAUCCAAUAUCAGCAUUGAUUUAUUGUGCAAGUCUUCGUUUUUCUGCUGUUGAAUAUGAUCAAACAUCAUCAAUUGAUUGGCGUUUUGCAAAAUUAGAUCCAACAGUAAAAAGUCAAAGCAAACAUCCACCUUUAUUUUGUUUUGUUGUACAACGUACAAUAUUAGUAUCAGGUGAUGAAUGUCAUUUUUUUGUAACAAAAGAUGAUGAUUCAGCACUUGCACUUGUUCGAACAAUAUCAGAAGUUUAUGCAAAUCUUAAACCUAAUGUUACACCUAUCAAAUCACCUAUUUUCUAUCAGUUAGAUCGUUAUGGACGAAAAAUAAGUGAAACAGGUGGUGUUAUAUAUAUAUCACCAGCUGUUGAUGAUGAAUUUCAAUUCAAUCAACUAACAGAUUGUCAUGGUUCUAUAUCAUCAAUAAAUCGAAAUUAUUUAUUAGAUCCAUCAAAUGAUGGUUUUUUUUAUCGUACAAAUGCAACUAUUAUUGAACAAUGGCAAUUAUGGCAUGAUGUUGAUUUAAAUAAAUCUCGUCCACGUCCACCAGAUUCACCAUUUGGAGUACAUCAAGGUCUUUAUCAUGAUGAUUUAACAAAUGAAGUACAUCAACAUUUACAUCAUAUGGAUGAUGAAGAAAUUUCGAGUUCUUGUAGUUGUUCAAGUUCAUCAAGGUCAUCAAUGAAAUCUGAUCGACAUCGUCGAACAAGAUCAAAUGCUAAACAUGAUAUAGAUCAAUUGAAUACAGCAGGUUUACAUUUACAAACAACUUCAUUUAAUCCAUUAUCAGUACAAAAUAAUAUUGAAAUCAAAAGAUCACAACAAGCACCAAUUGUUAUUGAAAAAGUUAUACCUAAUCCAAUGAUAACAUUUUCUAAAAAACGUCCUAGAUAUAUUUUAGAACAACCUCAAGAAUUAUUUGAUUAUUCUAUUUCUACAAACGAAACAGAUGUUGACACUAUUUCAGUUUCUGAUAGCUAUCAAGUAAAUGAACGUGGUGAAAAAUAUACAAAAGAAGGAAAUCGUAUCUUAUUUAUGGAUGUUAUUCAACCGAAACUAACAAAUAAUAAAACUGAACCAUUAUCUUAUAUAACUCCAAAAUCUAAUAAAAUUUCAACAUCUAAUAUAACUCAAAAACCCUAUAUAAUUCCAAAAAAUCAUUCUCGUUCUCAUCGACGACGAACAACACAUAUACCAGUUAUUGAUCUUAAAUCUAUUCAUAGUUUAAUUAAUCAGAAAAAAUAUGAACAACGACAAACAAGUAUUGAUAGUGAUGAAAAUCAAUCAGAUCAUUAUAAUUUAACAACAUCGGAUAUGUUAGAAAUAGUUGAAGAAUAUUUUGAAGAUCAUAGAGGAAGAAAACUUAAAAUAAAUAAUCAUAAUACACAAACAACACUUGAUCAUUUGGAAUCAGUAAGUGAAAAUGAUUAUCAUGAUGAAAAUAGAUCAAAUAAUAAAAGUCAUCGUCGUCGUCGUCGUCAAAGUUAUUCAACAUUAAUUUCUGGUCCAUCACUUAACUAUGUUGAACGUCCUUCUGUUAGAUCUACAUCCAAAAAAACAUUGAUCGAAUCAAAAAAAUCUCAUCCAUCUGUACUUAAUAAUGAACAUGUAUCAAAUAAUUAUGGAACAUCUGGAAAGAUAUCUCAAACAAUAAAAUCACCUACAUUAUCAACAAAGCCUGAUGCAACUCAAAUAUCUAAUAAUCCAAAGACUAGUGAUAUAAUAAAUCAAGAUUUUAUCUCACCAUUUCGAUAUAUGCAAAGUAGUGUUAAUCCAUUAUUACUACGUGAAUAUCGUAAAGCUUUUAAUGCUAUUUAA